CAGUAAGGUCCCUACCGGGUAGUUCAAGAUGCCCUUUCCCAGAGAUACUGGGCCCACUUGGUCUUGCUGAAAUCCUUACCCAGUAUGUUAUGCACUCUCGGGCCAUCCCCAAAUGAGGUCCCCUGCUAGGUUUCCUGAAGGCUGCCCCGCAUGGGGGAUCAGGGGUUGCCCUCUCCCAACCAGACUCUUCCCUUGCCCCCAUGCGCCUUCCUCUUCAUUGUCCCGGACCCCACUGUCGUUGGUGGAAACAUAAACACCUGCACGGGCCAGAAGAUGGAGAAACAUGGGGCUGCCAAGGGCAACCAGGCUCCGACUGGCCUGCUCUUGCCGGCGCCAUUGCUUCUGGAGAGCCACAGAGAACAGGGAAUAGAAAGAAGCUGGGAUACCAUAGAAAAAAGCCGGUUACAGGGGGCGGUGCAGCUUCGUCGCGGGAAAGAACGAGGCGGAGUGCCCAAGCACGCAUGCGCAAUGUAAGUCAAUGGCGGGAUGCGGAGACUGGCGGAAGCUGGCUUUCCAACAUGGCGGCAGAGACAGACGGGCUAUUCAAGCGGGUGCUCGUGCCGAUUUUUUUACCUGAGAAAUGCUACGACCGACUUUUCGUUCAGUGGGACUUGCUUGAUGUUCCAUGCCUCAAAGUUCUUCUCAGCAAAAGCCUUGGGCUGGGCAUUGUAGCUGGGUCACUUCUUGUAAAGCUACCCCAGGUAUUUAAAAUCCUGGGAGCCAAGAGUGCAGAAGGGCUGAGUCUCCAGUCAGUAGUGCUGGAGCUAAUGGCACUGACUGGGACCGUGGUCUACAGCAUCACCAACAACUUCCCCUUCAGCUCUUGGGGUGAAGCCCUGUUCCUGAUGCUCCAGACCAUCACCAUCUGCUUCCUGAUCAUGCAUUACAGAGGACAGACUGUGAAAGGAGUCGCUUUCCUAGCCUGUUAUGCACUGCUCCUGCUGGUACUGCUCUCACCACUCACACCCUUGGCAGUGGUUACCCUGCUCCAGGCUUCCAAUGUCCCUGCUGUGGUGGUGGGGAAGCUGCUCCAGGCAGCCACCAACUACCACAAUGGGCACACAGGCCAGCUCUCAGCCAUCACAGUCUUUCUACUGUUUGGGGGUUCCCUGACCCGAAUAUUCACUUCCAUCCAGGAAACUGGAGACCUUCUCAUGGCUGGAAUCUUUGUGGUCUCCUCCCUCUGCAAUGGCUUCAUUGCUGCCCAGGUCCUCUUCUACUGGAACGCAAAACCUCCCCAGAAGAAAAAGGAGCAAUAGGGCUCAGCCAGCUACUUGGGAGUCAUUUUGUUUCCAUCCAUCCACCCAACCUCAGGGUUAUCCCCAUGUGAGCUAGUCUGUUGGUGUGACUUUUAAUCAUUUUCCAUUCCUCUGCAGUUGCAACUUCCUGAGCCAGAGUCUGUUUUUGGUGGAAACAGAUAGUUGGACCCAGAUCGUUAGGAAAAAAGAGGACACUGGUAGUCUUUCCUACUGACAUUUGACAUUAAAGUACUCUUUGGAGUCCUA